UACAGAGGGGGUCGCGCGAGGGGCGGGCGCGGCGCCCACGCAUCGCCCGCCGCGCCUUGCCGCCCGCCCAGCACCAGUCAGCAGCUGUGGCUCGUGUUGGCUGAACCAUCUGUAGGGCCAUCUACUUUUUUUCUUGCCUUAGGACACCUACACCAACAAAUACAAAAUGGCGGAUGAUGAAAAAAAGCGUCUCGAGGAGGCGAAGAAGGCCAAACAGGCCGAGAUCGACCGCAAGCGCGCUGAGGUGCGCAAGCGCAUGGAGGAGGCCUCCAAAGCCAAGAAGGCCAAGAAAGGUUUCAUGACACCUGAGAGGAAGAAGAAGCUCAGGUUGCUGCUGCGUAAGAAAGCCGCUGAGGAACUGAAGAAGGAACAGGAACGCAAAGCGGCCGAGAGGAGGCGCAUCAUUGAGGAGAGGUGCGGCAAACCCAAGAACAUCGAAGAUGCAAACGAAGAUGCUCUUUCGAGGGUUUGCAAAGAAUACCACGAGCGCAUCACCAAACUUGAAGACGAAAAGUUUGAUCUGGAAUACAUCGUUAAAAGGAAAGACAUGGAGAUCUCCGACCUGAACUCUCAAGUCAACGACCUCAGAGGCAAAUUCGUCAAACCCACACUAAAGAAGGUGUCCAAAUAUGAGAACAAAUUCGCCAAACUUCAAAAGAAGGCCGCCGAAUUCAACUUCCGUAACCAAUUGAAGGUUGUGAAAAAGAAGGAAUUCACCCUCGAAGAAGAAGACAAAGAGGGUGGCGUUGGAGGAAAGAAAAAGCCAGACUGGUCGAAGGGCAAGCCAGGAGAUCAGAAGGAAGGGGGAGAAGGCGCAGCGGCUCCUGCUGAUGGAGCGCCGCCUACAGAAGGAGCACCACCAGCAGAGGGGGCACCACCUGCAGAAGGGGCACCACCGGCAGAAGGGGCACCACCAGCUGAGGGGGCACCACCAGCUGAAGGAGCGCCAGCCGCGCCCGUGGAAGGAGCUCCCGCGCCUGCCGAAGGAGCACCAGCUGCACCUCCAGCUGAAGGCGCGCCGGCUGCUCCUCCCGCAGAAGGCGCACCAGCAGCGGCCCCCGCAGCCCCCGCGGAAGGAGCGCCUACAGCACCUGCGCCCGCACCACCGGCUGAAGGCGCUCCGGCUGCGCCUGCGCCUGAAGCAGCCCCCGCCCCAGCUCCUGCCCCAGCUGAAGCACCAGCGCCUGCGCCUGCGCCGGCCGACGCACCCGCCGCGCCACCACCGGUUGAAGCAUCCGCCUAAGCUACUCGUAUAUCAAGGACAUCUUCUACAUCAACAUACAGAAUCAUUUUGGUGCAAUGAAACAUUAUAAUGUGAAACAUUACCUAUAUAGUAUACUGACUAUUUAUACAUUUUUGUAUUAUUAUUAUACUAUACAUUAAAUAAUUUUGAUAUUU